GCGGGUGCGGGGACAGGGCCGGGCCCCCCAGUGCAGGCCCUUCUCCUCCGCGCUCGCCUGGCGCCCUCGCGGUCAACACCCUCAGGGAAGGGGGAGCGAGAGUCUCCGGACAGACCCAGUGACAGGCCCGGGACCGCCUCUGCGCCGGUAGGACUGAGGGCGCCGGAUCCCGCAGAUCAACAGUCGAGAUUCUGAAGGUCAUAAACUUUCUGAUGGUGGUGGUAAGCCAUGGCGUCAGAUGAUAAAGUUGCCAUCUUAACUGACGAUGAAGAGGAACAGAAGAGAAAGUACGUGCUCGCUGACCCCUUUAAUGGUAUUUCCAGGGAACCAGAACCACCUUCCAAUGAAACGCCCACCUCCACAGAAACCGCUGCUCUUCCUGAGGAGGAAAUAGACUGGAUAGAGAAACACUGUGUCAAAAUAAAUAAUGAUCUUCUGAUAUCCAAGGUCUUCUAUUUUUUCUUCUACUCUGCAUACGGCUCUCUUUAUCCGCUCCUGCCGGUGUACUACAAGCAGCUGGGGAUGUCGCCCAGCCAGAGCGGACUGCUGGUGGGCAUCCGGUACUUCAUUGAGUUCUGCAGCGCCCCCUUUUGGGGUGUAGUUGCAGAUCGCUUUAAAAAAGGCAAAAUCGUCCUCCUCUUUUCUCUUUUGUGUUGGGUGUUAUUCAACCUGGGCAUCGGAUUUGUCAAGCCUGCUACCUUGAGAUGUGUACCAAAGAUCCCCCCAACGUCUCAUCCCACUAACUCCAGUCACCUGCUGACCAUCCCGCCAACCAACUCUUCCCUUGCGGUGUCCCCACGAAUUCGGGAGAAGAGGGCCCUGCUCCCUUCCACCUGGCCAGUGAUACCGGAAACGGAGCCCAAUGUCACAGAAACGGUCAUCUUUUCGACAGCUCUGAACAAGACCAGUGGGCCCACUCUGCAACCUCAGACAGAUGAAAUUACGGACCAUAUUACAGACUUGACCUUGAGUCCAAGCACAAUAACGCCUGCCUUCCUGGGAAACACAACCAGAGAGACAACCACCGCUCUUGUCACCACCACCAAAUCUUUACCGUCCAGUCAAGUCACUCUUGUUUACGAUCAGCAGGAAGUGGAGGCUAUAUUCCUGGUGAUCCUGGUCGUUGUCAUAAUCGGAGAAUUUUUCAGCGCCUCUUCGGUCACCAUCGUGGACACGGUAACGCUCCAGUACCUGGGCAAGCACAGAGACCGCUACGGGCUGCAGCGCAUGUGGGGCUCGCUGGGCUGGGGGCUGGCCAUGCUGUCUGUGGGCAUCGGGAUCGACUACACGCACACGGAGGUGCUCGUCGACGGGAAGGGGUGUAGACCCCCCGAGUCCCGGAACUACCAGAUCGUCUUCAUCGUCUUUGGGGUUCUCAUGACCGUGGCUUUGGUCGUCGCCACUCAGUUCCGGUUCCGCUACAACCACUUCAAGCCUGACGAGAGCCAAGGGAAAGCGGAGGAGAUCCCUGCGGCGGACAGGAGCAGCUCCACCGAGUCCUCCGAGGGGACGCCCGCCGGCCCAGGCCGCUCGCCGGCCUUCAGCUUCUGGGCCCUGGUGCGGCUGCUGUGCGGCGUGCGCUACGGCUCGGUGCUCUUUGUCGCCUGGUUCAUGGGCUUCGGCUACGGCUUCGUGUUCACCUUCCUCUACUGGCACCUGGAGGACCUGAACGGGACCACCACCCUCUUCGGGGUCUGCUCCGUCCUGAGCCACGUGUCUGAGCUGACGGCCUAUUUCUUCAGCCACAAGCUCAUCGAGCUCAUCGGCCACAUCAGGGUUCUUUACAUUGGCCUGGCCUGCAACACGGCACGCUAUAUUUACAUUUCCUACCUGGAGAAUGCCUGGACUGUUCUCCCCAUGGAAGUUCUUCAAGGAGUGACACACGCGGCCAUCUGGGCAGCCUGCAUCUCUUACCUCAGCGCAGCCGUCCCCCCCGAGCUGAGGACCUCUGCUCAGGGCAUCCUGCAGGGCCUUCACCUGGGCUUGGGGAGAGGCUGUGGUGCUAUGAUCGGAGGCCUAUUAGUCAAUUACUUUGGGGCUGCCGCGACAUUUCGAGGAAUCGGCAUGGCCUGCCUGGUGAUCCUCCUGCUUUUUGCCCUGAUCCAGUGGCUGGCAGUGCCGGAGGAGGAAGAAGACAAGACAAUGCUGGCAGAAAGGAUUCCUGUUCCCUCUAGUCCUGUUCCCAUAGCAACCAUCGACUUGGUACAGCAGCAGGCGGAGGACGUCCUGCCGCGCGUGGAGUCCAGACUUCCGCCCAAGAAGACCAAACACCAGGAAGAACAGGAGGAUGUGAACAAGCCGGCCUGGGGCGUCAGCUCCUCUCCCUGGGUGACCUUCGUCUACGCGCUCUACCAAAUUAAAGAGAUGGUGCAGCUGAUGAGAGACAGCCGCGCCCCCGAGAUACAGCCUCUACAGGUAAAGGUGCUCCCCCAAGGGGCUCAGCUGUGGUGCUCAUACAGCAGGGUUCAUGGAGUCUGGCGGGCGAGACAGGCAGGCGGACAGGUAGUUGUGGUAGUCUGUGACGAGGGCGCUACAGACGUGGACACACGGUUCUGCAGAGGGAAAAUUCUGCCUUAUGGAGCUCAGGAAGGCUUCCCAGAGAAGAUAUUUCUUAAAGAAAAUAAAUAUAAGACAUUGUACAUUUCUUUAAAAUUUCAGUGUUGACAGUUCCAGUGACGAUAUAUGAGUCUUGCCAUGGGAGACCGUUACUUGUGACUCUCUAUAAUUCUGAAAUUAUAGUGAGGGCAUUAUAUAUGCUAGGACUUCAGUAACUAUCUGAUGAAUUCGUACCCUGAGCCACCGUAGGAGUCUAACGGAAUCCUCAGCUUGGGGAAGUGUUGUUUGCCUGGUGGCCUCACGUGAAAAAUUGUUUUUUUUUUCCUCAUCCCUAGAGAUGUGGUCCCUCCUGAGUAAAGUCAGAUCAUGUUGCUCAAACGGUGUGGGUGACUGUUAACUGAUUCUAUAUUCCGCCUUUGGAAACGAUCAAGUGUGACUUCUAUGAAUAGUUCGGCUGAAGUAAUGAGUCUACUUCCCUGUUUACAUUAAUCACAUCCUUUUAUUUGAUGAGUCAUGUCAGCUCUAUAUCUAGAGUAGCUUCAGAGGACACAGAGGAAAGACAAAAAUAAAGAGUAAUUGGAUAAUUUCUCUUUUACAAAAUUUGAACUACCUUAAUUAAAUUUAUCAUGACUUUAUAAACCUAACAUGUAAUAUUUCCAUAACGUAAAUCAGAUCUGAUUGCUCCCCAUGUCGUAGCGCACCCUGAUCCACGCACCAUCUUGCUCACUGUCAAGAUUAUAAACUCACAUGAACGUCCUGCUCAGUCAGAGAGGAGAGUCUUGGGGGCGGGAGGAGUGUAUAGAGGACGCAAAGCAGAAGAAAGGACAAGAUCUGCCACGCGAAGGGCGGUGUCUUCAUUACUCGGGGCACUCGUCCUCCUUUUCACGGAAGCCUGGUGGGCCUCCAUAUCAUCAUCACAUUUGUUUCUCUGUAAUGUCAGGAUUACGAGAAACUGGCUGGGAUGGCUUAGUUAUUCUUAAAAGUAAGAAGUCAUAUUAAGAUUUCUUUACAUUUUAGAAUCUAUCACAGAGUAAAUCACAGAAUUAAAACAUUUUCUGUGCUAGUCAGCUAUUUGAAGUGAUGUAUAGUGACUCAGAGGAAAAUGUGUUUUUAAAAACACACGUUCCCGGACUGUGGCGAUGGGGCAUCUUACAGAUUUGCUGGGGGAGAAGCGUUGCAGCACGUGCCGACUCACAUCACUUACAGCUGCUGACCCGAGUGCUGCUCCCGAUCCCCUUCUUUACGCAGAUUUCUGUCUUGUUUAACUUAACGUGUACACUUUAAAUCCCAAUAUUCAUCAGGAUUCUGAAUUUCGGGACACCUUCUGCUGGCCUUGUCUCUGAGGCGGAGAAUGCCUCACUUACGUCCAGCAGGUGCUCCCAGCUCUUGAGUUCUGUGGUCUCAGCCAAUGGCCCGAGUUUCAAUUCCAUGCUGCUUGCUCAGUGACUUGUCACCACGGUGGAGGCUCAGUAAAUAUUUGCUGAUGUAAAUUGUCUUCCUCGUGAUACCAGGCAUUUUGGUAGUGAUGUUCCUUCAUGCACAAGAUACGUCUGCUUAAAGUGUUUGUGUUUUUCAUGCGGCUUUGGCAGUUGCACAUAGGAAAGGAGAUGAAAGGUAAGAUGUUCUAUCUUUAUUCCUCUCUCAUUUGUUCCCUGAAGUUACUUCGGGAUGAUCUCCCCAUGUUUCUUAUAGCUGACCUGAAGGCAUAUAAAAAAUGUUGGAUUUAUUUGAAAGCAGCCCUGACUACAGAACAUCUUCUCUUUUUUUCCUUCCAGGGGACCAGUGAGAAUCGGGAAAAUUCUCUAGCUGGUGGAGUCCGGCCUGUCCCACGUGAGACUCACUCUGACCCAUCUAGAAACCAGCCAUCCCCUCAAGCAGCAGCAUCUCAGAUGCGGAGCGGCCCCACUCACCCCAGUGUGGCCCAGCGUGUGGAGGAGAGGGAGGACCAGCAGGCUUAGCCUGCCGCUGGGGGACACUGAGGGCGCCACUCAUCUCACACCCUGCAUGGAACCGGGCUCCUCUGCCGGGACAGAGGGAGAGGCUCCCCGAACCUAAGACAUGCCUCAUCGUGAGAAGCAUAGCACUGUAUACGCUUCUAAAUACCUAAACUCAUCAACAUGGAAACACACACACACAGGCGCUACAGUACAUACUGGCAGGAACAGGUAAACUCCCAUAAUCCCGUGGGACUCGCAGAAGGGGAAUGGGAGUUCGGUGAAGACGUCCAGCUCCCCGGCUGGUCAGGUUCAGGACUAUAGGACUUCCUCGCCAGUGCAGUAAGGGUUGAAAGCAGCAGUUACACUAAGUGGAGGGAAAGGAAGUGUUUCAAGGUGAAUGCUGAUACAGUUUCCCUCUUCUGAUUAUUUAUUCUAAUUAUUUGGUUCUUAAUGCAAACUGGGAAGAAAUAAAAUAUAAUUUUGAAUCUCUUAAAGAGAACUGUUUCAAAAAUGACAUGACAUAUUUAAAAAAGUAGCCAGAUAAGAGUUACUAGCUUAUAUGCUUUUGUUUAAAAAAAAAAAAAAAAAGGAAAAAGUUUCAUUAGAAACUUGGCAUAUCUCUAGCAAAUAUAUUUUUAUAUGUAUAUGGUAUAUAAUGAAAACAGUCAAUUCUUUGAGCAGCAAAAGCCGCAUUGACUACUGCAAACUAAGCUGAGCUUUAACAUGCCUUUUGUUUUAAA